ACUUUACCGAAAGAACCAAGAAUAUGGAUAUUGUAAGGCGAGUUAAUUAAUGAGGCAAACUUACCAUACUUCUUCAACAUCUGACUCCACGGCUGAGGAGAUGGCGUUUAGAAAUAUGGCAAUGUAAAAUUGUAUAUUUACAAGCUCGCACAUGUUAGUGUGUGUCUGUUGUGCGCGUGUUGUGAUAAGGGAAACCUUGAAUUGUGGCUUUGUGCUGUUUGGCUUCCGACCGAUCUGAGUCCGAUCUGAGCCCUCUUUCUUGCCCUGCUUGCCUGUAAUGACCAUGUGCAAAUGCCAGCCAUUAAGAGACCUAAUAGCAGGGAGAGGCCUGGCAAAACAAUGGCGACUUUCUUAAUGGCUCACAGAGGAGCACUUGUUUGACCGAGGGAGGAACGUCGUGCUUUGCCGAAAGUCAAGAAGUCUUGUGUGAAAACGAGAGGGCUUUCCCACUUUAUUGGGAGACAUUCACUCGCUUUGAUCUCACUACGUAGACUGUGUUCUCAUCAAACAGCACACACACACAUACACACACGUAUACCAAUGGUGUUCGCGGCUCGCCAGCCCCACCUUAAGCAGUUGCCGACGUUUUUAGAGGCAGCUUUCAGAUACGUAUUUUAACACUUUUGUCACUUGUGCAAGAGUGCAAAAUAUAUAGAUUGCAAUAUCCUCCCAAUGGUGGGAAAGGGUGGCUUGGUUUUGAGUGAACCUGUGUCUGUAAUUACAGGGCAAGAGGCAGCCGAUUUGCAGGUUGCUUCAUCCAGGCACCGUGCUGGGAAAGCCAGGCAUUCUUGUUUUUCGUAAGAUGGUGUUCAUCUGGGUCAACAUAUGGCAAGUGAGGGGGAAGCAAGAAAAUGUCAAUCUAUGGGGAGAAAAUUAAUCUGCCCUGGUCAAUCAGAUGCUAAAGUCAGCCUGGUGCGCAGUUUUCAUGGUGCAGCAUGUGUCAGCUUUCAUUACUUCUUCAACGUGCAUUUGUCUCCAAGAAUGGAUCAAAGGCAGCACAGUUCCACGACUGAAAUGCCUUUGAGAUUGCCUCAAAGAUGCAUCGAAGAUAAGGUUAAUAACAAUAGGGACUUUCUUUGUUAUGCUAUUUUAGUCAGCGUAUCAUUGGAAAUAUCUUCGAAAGAGACAAUAAAAAUGAUACCUGCCACAUUAAAUUAAUAUUGAAGAUUAAAAUUAAGAUGUAAAAAUCACGAAAGCCACCCACAUAAAUUUAAUGAUGUGAUAACUGCCUCAAUAACAUAUAAGUUAUGCUACUGGAUAUGGGUGAUUUGCUGCAUUGCCCAUGUGAGUAUUUUAUAAGUUGAUUAAACUCUAAGAUAUAUUGCUAUUAAGCACGGAAAUAUUAUACUGUAUAUUUAUUGUUUACGGCUUUAUUAAUCUGUAUUAUGACUAAGCAACAGAUCGGGUAGUCUUAAAAAUGUUAAAAGCGUUUGAAUUAUUUUAAUUAACACAGUAAUGUGAAGUGAAAUUAAUUUAAAGUGGUAAUUGUAAGUGGUGUUUUAUUAGCUCAUGGAUGCUCUUUUUAAUUUGGUAAAGUUAAUUCGUGCCUUUCAACUCUAUAAACUUAUAUAUGUAAAUUAGCUGCUGUGCCGCAUAUAAAGCACUGCACUUUAUUUAUUUUCUUCAACUUUUAUUUUCCAACAACUGAAAAGCACCGCACCGUCUAUGAGCACGUCGGCUUCGCACGGUGGGAAAGAAGUUCAACAUGAAACAAAUCGCAACAUUCCGUUCACGUCCAAGCAGUCGUACACACAAACUUCCAAUCAAAUGGCUCCAAGCCCCAGUACACACAGCAGUGCUAACAGCACCAGUGGUGAGCAGCUGAGCAAGACCAACCUGUACAUACGGGGGCUUCCACCCGGCACAACCGACCAGGAUCUUGUCAAGCUCUGCCAGCCAUAUGGAAAAAUUGUAUCCACUAAGGCCAUCCUGGAUAAAACAACCAAUCAGUGCAAAGGCUAUGGAUUUGUGGAUUUUGACGGCCCAUCUGCAGCACAGAAGGCUGUGACAGCCCUCAAGGCCAGUGGGAUCCAGGCGCAGAUGGCCAAGGUGAGUGAUGCGCAACAGGAACAGGAUCCAACAAACCUGUACAUCUCCAAUCUGCCAGUGACCAUCGAUGAACAGGAGCUGGAAGGGAUGCUCAAGCAGUUUGGCCACGUCAUCUCCACUCGUAUCCUCCGGGACAUCGUGGGCACCAGCCGGGGAGUUGGCUUUGCCAGAAUGGAGUCUACUGAAAAGUGUGAGGCUGUCAUUCAGCGGUUUAAUGGAAAGUUUCUCACCUCCCCUCCUGGGGUACCAGUGCCCAGUGAACCUCUGCUGUGCAAGUUUGCAGACGGGGGUCAAAAGAAGAGGCUAAGCCAUAACAAAUACCUGCAGAAUGGACGGGCAUGGCAGCGCGAGGCUGAGGGCCGCAUCACUGGGAUGACCUUAACGUAUGAUCCUGCAGCUGCUUUACAUAAUGGGUUUUAUUCUACACCGUACAGCAUGGCAGCUAACCGCAUGGUGUCCCACACUCAGAUGGCACCGUACCUGGCUGCUAGCCCCAUCUCCACAUAUCAGGUUCACAGCACGUCCUGGAUGCCCCAGCAGCAGUAUGUAAUGCCACCAGCGGGCGCUGUGAUAUCUCCUACCUUGGAUCACACCAUGUCCUUGCAGCAGGCGGGAAUGAUGGGACCACUCGCACAGCAGAUGAGUCACCUGUCACUGGGCAGCACACCCACUUACAUGACAACCGGACACCAGGGCACUUACAUCCCCCAGUACACCCCUAUCAAUGCCUCAUCAGUCGCUGUCGAUGACUCUAGCGGGCAGCAACAAGGAGUCUCUAUGGAGGCCACAGAGCAUACCCAGUACUCAUACCAACAAGCAAAGUGAUGCAAGAUGAAGCCUGACUUGAAAACUGGCUGAUGAAGAGAUCAAAGUUGCCUUCAACCUGAAGUGCUUUUGGCAUGGAUGCAAUUUUAUUAUUAUUGUUCACUACGGAAAGGUUAAAUUUUAAUAUCCACGAAAUGUCAAUUCAAAUAACUUUUCCACAUCCCUACUCUCACACCAUCUGUACUUGUAAUAUGUUUAUUUUACCAAAAGUCAUUUAAAGAAAAAAAACUUGAAAUUAUCAAAAGAUAUAUUUUAUAAAUCUUUAUUUUGUGGGUUCUGAUGGUGCUUAUAUUACCGUGAUAACUGAUUUUAAAAAAAAUCAGUGUUACAUUGACUCUGCCAGGAUCUCCUAAACAUCCUGGAACAUUUACAGCACAGUCUUUGGCUUUGCUACAUCCAUUUAUAGCAUAAUCAGAACUUUUCUGGGUCAUUUUGUUUGUGGGAACUGGUGGGGCUUUAAGGCAAUGGUGUUUGUGAUUUGUAUUUAUUUAUUUUGUCAUUGGUGUUGUAAAUCUUUCAAAGAAUGUUCAAAGAAAAUGAUCAGCAGUUGUUUUCGCCUUAUUUUAUAGUUUUGGCUUUUGUGUGUCCUUUGAAAUAUUGAUUGCGAUUAAAAUUUUUGUCUUUGAGACUGUAGGACAUGCGAAUUACUGGUGAUUGGUGUAUAUUCUUGCCGUGCUGUAGGUAAUGUUUUCGAUGUAAUAGUAUGUUACGUUAUUGCGGUCUUCAUUCUUAGAAGAUGUUUUCCUUCAUUGUUUUUGUUACAAAAGGAAAUGUAUGGAUUUUUCUGAUUUAACGUUUGAUACUUGUUUUAAAUGGGAAAACUAAUUCUGAAAUCUUGUAGGAUAGAUUUUAUGAAAAAGAGAUACUGAUAUUUAAAUAAAAUGACAAAAACAACAAAAAAGCUAAACAAAAAAACCUAAAAAUACCUUUGUGAAGCAGGAUUUGGAGUGGAAAUCUGUAUGUUUAGAUAUGAGUGCUGAUAAUCUAAGUGAGAAUGUUUUUGAGACGUUAUUUUGAACCAAUCAUAGACUAGUUUUAAUAGAAAUAAGGUUUAUCUUUGUGUUUAAUACUUCCUAAACCUUCACAGCAAGAAGACGGUCAACAAACUUUAGUUGAUAUCAAAAUAAUGAUGUUUUUAACGAUGCAUAAAAAAAAACGUUACUGUAAUGGUAAUAAUAUAUAUUAGUUUUGAACGUGUAAGGGCUGUGUGCUGGCAUGGAAUCAGACUAUCACUUGUUUCUGGAAAACAACAAUGAGGACACGAUUAUUAGGAUUGUUCAGCCAGAAGAGGAGAAUAGCACUUGUGUGAGUUGCAGUUGUGGAACAUGCUUUGGUCAGGUUGGGUCAUUAACCAAAGACUUGGAUGCUCUCGUAGCUAAGUAAAAUCUUUGGUUUUGUUUUGGCAUGAAUGUGCAGGGCAAGUGUGCGCUUUUGUUUUCUUAGGUGCAUUUAAAUGAAGGCUUAAAACAAAUUACAAAACUGGUCUGCACCAUAGUUAUUGAAAGUUAAAGGGCAGUCUCUCCCAGGUUUGUUCCCUUGGAAUAUGCAAAGGCUGCCAUCAUGCUUCAAGCUGGAAAGGGUUACUGGGAAUUAAGUCUUCCAGUGGAUACCUCCUGCUUUGUACCAGGAGAUGCAGAUGAUAUCUACCUCAGAUUGUUUCUUCAAUGUUGGCAGCUUGCGUGGUCACCAUGGGGCACGUGUUGUAAGCGCUGCAUUCAUGAGUUUUGAAGUUGUACGUGGGCACGUCUUUAAAGCAAGCCUGAUAUUGCACAGAAAAAGAGUAUAUCCCAAGGAGCAAUGAUGCUAAUCCAACUUGUGGGAGAGUCUGCGAGGUGUGCUUUUACCGAGAAGAGCUUUUCAUGUGGCUGCCUAUCCAGAUAGCAUUGCCCUGUUCUUUAAAGAGUGGGCAAAGUGUCCUGCUCAUUGUGUUCGACUGUAAAUGUCAAAUUAGAUUUUUAAAGCUCUACAGUUUAUGCUGCUAUAUUUUCAAUGGCCAGUUAUUCAUAGAUCUAUUGGCUAAGCUGGCCGAUUCGAAUAAACGCAACACCAUAGCCACAUUCACCGCAUUUGCAAUAUGGAAUAGAUGAAUUGAUAUUGGAUAUAUGCAGUUUAAAAUACAUUGACUAAAGUAAUUAUUAUAAAUAUUUUAACAUACCCACUGAUGCUGCUUUAAAUUAUGUGACUUUGUUGUUUACGAACAAUACACCAUUUCCAUCAUGUCUUGUUUUAUGUACAUAGAGCAGCUUCCACUGUCGUAUGUAGACAGCUGUUAAAUUAUCAAAAGUAUAAUUUAUAAGAAAGGCCUUUUGUACAGAAUGAGAUGUGUAUAUGAUCACAAGAGUGAAUGAUUUGUUUUUUUUUAAUUUGUGUUUGUGCUGCCUGGACUUGCCAGUGGAAAUUGUAUCAGUGCCCCCUUUUGGAUGAUUUUUUGAAUUUUCAUGCUGAUGGUAAAUGACUUUGCUGUAGAAUUGUGGGGGUUAAUGCUGUUUGGAGCUCAGAGUGAAAUGCUCUGUACCAACAAAAAAAACGAAUAAAAAGAAUAUUUCAUUG